AUGUCAUCGAUAACCUAUCGUUUUGGCAGCGAGCAGACGAUACUACGAAGCGAUACUAUCUGCAAAGAGUUUCGUGUCUUAUCGAUAAUCAAGCGUUGUGCAACAGGUGGCAACAAUGAUGGAAACAAGGAGAAACGCCGCAAAGAGUCCAUUCUGGAUCUGUCCAAAUAUCUGGAAAAACAAAUCCGCGUCAAAUUCGCAGGCGGCCGCGAGGCAUCUGGAAUAUUGAAAGGUUACGAUGCGCUGCUUAAUCUGGUGCUGGACAAUACUGUGGAGUACUUGCGAGACUCUGACGAACCCUACAAACUGACAGAAGACUCGACACGUAGUUUGGGACUUGUUGUUUGCCGCGGCACUGCCUUGGUUUUAAUUUGUCCGCAGGACGGCGUCGAAAGCAUUGCGAAUCCGUUUAUAACGCAAUAGAGUCGGAAGUGGAGAUGCCCCCGCCUAGGUUAAGGUACAAAGAUUUCGAGAACUCGGUUUGCAUAUUAAUUAAAAUACAAUACAAUAUAUAAAUAGAACUUACAAAACUAAA